CUUGCCUACCUACGUAGUUUCUGUCAGUUUUGAAAUUCGAAAUACGUAGUCUUGAUGAAACAGAGUUAGUUAAUUUAAAUUUUAAGUUAUUUUGAAGCAGAUAGGAUUAUAUUUUGCGUUCAAAAUUCAAGACAAACAGAUCAUAAUAAUUUUUUGCAAAAGUUAAACAUCUAUGGAGGAAGAUUUUAUCAUCAAGACAAAACUAGGUAAAAUUCGAGGUUAUAAAAAUGUAUCACAAUACUCAAAGCAAACGUAUUACAGCUACUGUGGUGUACCGUAUGCAAAACCUCCGAUUGAAGAGCUGCGAUUUCAGCCCCCUGUACCUUAUGGUAAAUGGAAAGGCAUCUUAGAUGCUCGUAAAGAACGUGAUGAUUGCAUUCAUUAUGCCAUAAUCUAUAGAGAUAUUAUUGGAAGCGAAGAUUGUCUGUAUUUAAAUAUUCACCUAUCUGAGUAUCCUCCCCCGAAAGAAAAUCUGAAAAGUGUUAUCGUUCAUUUUCACGGAGGUGGGUAUUCUUUUGGCUCAGGAAAUAGGGAUUAUUACGGUUCGCCAGAUUUUAUAAUCCAUAAAGACUUCGUUUACGUGAAUUUCAAUUAUCGUCUUCACGUGUUAGGUUUCUUAAACUUGGAUUUACCAGAAUGCUCUGGAAAUGCAGGUCUAAAGGAUGCAGUAUUAGCUUUACAAUGGGUUAAGCAAAAUAUUCAAGCAUUUGGAGGCGAUCCUAACAACAUAACGCUGUUUGGUUGUAGCUCAUCAGCAAGUGCUAUUCAUUUACUAAUGAUGCAUCCUCAUCAUAGAAAUCUUUUCAAUAAAGCGAUUAUGUCCGGAUCAUGUGCUACAAAUCCGACGAUAAAUUAUUGCGAAAAUCACUUCCAUAAAGCGACUCAGUUGGCUAAAAUAAUGGGAUGUUAUGAAACCAGGCCAAGAAAACUGUUACAAUUUUUUAGAAAACAGAACGCUGAAAAUAUCAUAGAUAGCUUGAAUAUCUUACGUAAAAUGGAGUUACCUACAAACAGACUAACCGCGCAACAUAAUUUAUUCAUCCCUUCCAUUGAGAAAUUCCCCGAUGGUGCUAUUCUCGCUGAAUACCCAAUCAACUUAUGGCAUACCAUUGAUCCAAUUCCUGUCAUAUACGGAGUAUGUAAUAUCGAUGGAAUGCAAGCUUUUGCCCAGGGAUCGCCCAUUCAAUCUCUGGCUUUCGAGUUCAAAGAUGCUGUCAGACGAAUUUUGUGGGCUUAUAAAAUGGACGAAUCCUUAUUACAAGAAGUGGCUGCUAAAAUUAAGGCAUUUUAUUUCCCAGAUGGUGAUAUUAAUGUGAAGAAAUGUAGAGAAGUUUGCGAGUUUUAUCAAGAUACUUGGCAAGCACAAAUGUAUAUGUCAUUUCUCGAUGUAAUGCACAACAAAAAUCCCAACAAUUCGCUCUAUAUUUAUGAAUUUUGGUAUGAAGGAAGUUACAAUAUCGCGAAAAGAGUAGCUAUGCGUCAUUUACCUUGUUUAAUGGAAGGAGCUGAUCAUGGAGAUGAUUACUAUUAUUUUGUGGGCCUGAAUCAGAAUUUAAAUUACACUCCAAACGACGUAGUUAUAAUCGAUUAUAUGUCCGAGUUUUUCUCAAAUUUUGCUAAAUAUGGAAACCCAAAUAGUGAUAAAAUAAAAGGAGUUGAAUGGAAACCGUAUACUCCCGAAGAUCCUUCAUAUUUGAAAUUCAAUCUCGAAUUAGAGGUGGCUGAAGGUAGAUUGAACGACAAAAGGAUUAAAUUUUGGGAGGAAUUGCUCAAUUAUAUUAAAAGUAAAUGUACAAAUUAGUUGCAAUUUACAAUCUUGAUGUAUUAUUGAUAUUUAGUUAUGUUCUCAUUAAAAUUUCUUAAAUAUU